AUGCAAUCGCGGUCUCGGAACAACUCUGCAGCCGGCUACCAAAAAGAUCCCCGAACAAUCAACCACCACCCCAUAUUUCGUGGUGCUCUCCGAACUCUCGCUCGCCAGCCACAGGAUAUGAGCAAUGCGGUCUGGGCCGUAUGGCGGGCUCCCUGCCCAGGGCUCCGCACCUCCGUGCUGCCAGUAACAUUCCGGCCUACCAGUCGCGAUCUCCGCAUUACCCCAUGGCGCAUGUAUGGCACAUCGCGCCAAUCCACGUUACCAAUCCCGAGCCUUCUGUCCCAGAUAUUCCCUCGUUCGUCUCGACCUACUCCUACCCCGAUAUCCUCACAACGAUUCAACCCGGUCUCUACACCCCGCCGCUUAAAACAUCCCCCUCGCCAAAAGCCCUUCUCCGAUGCCGAGAUCAAAGCCAUCUUUGGUCCCGUCAAGUUCAACGCAAAGCUGGGAAACCGUAUUCUGGCCGUCCUGCACGGCCACCGUUUGACCGGCACACUCGAUGCGGACUUACCAAUUGACAUUGCCCGCGCUAUCACCAAGCAGCAGUUUGAUACGGCUCUGGAAUGGCUCCGCGAUGAAUACCCUAUCGACGAGGAUGCUGCUAUCUUCGCCCGCAUUGAGCGUGAGGAGCGUGCAGAGGAAGAGAAGCUCGUACGCCGCGCUGAGAAGCUGGGUUUGUAUAAGCCGCAAAGUGGUUCCUAUGACGCUGAGCUUGGAGAGGAGGGCUCUCCUUACGGUAAGAGUGUUCUAAAGGAAGCUCGCGAGAUGAAUGAGAAGCGUUUGUUGGCCGAACAGGAACGGAAAAGGCAGGAGUGGCUAGAUGGCGAGAAAGAAGAACAGGAACGGUUGAAGCGGGAGUUUGGGAAGAACACUUCCCUGCAGCAGUACCAAGAGGCUGCACUCACUGAGGCUCGUCCUCGUGCGGAUCCUAUCGAGAGGCCGUAUCUCGCUUGGGUCCAGAAGCAUCAUAUUGCUGCUACCAACGAGAGUCCUGAGUCUAUGAACAUCACCAAUUCUCAACGUCUGCUUGCUCCGCUUCUGUUCUCAAUCGUGGUUCUCGCCUUAUGCUAUACCUAUGCUCAAAAAUACGAGUUCCCGGCACGAAAGGACCGUUUGAUGCCGGAUGUACCCCCUGCUGUUGCUACUGUGGGCACCAUUGUGGCGGCUAAUGUAGCAGUCACUUUGCUAUGGAAAUUCGUACCCCCCGCGUGGAGACUGCUCAACCGGUACUUCGUCAUCGUUCCCUUUUAUCCCAGCUCACUGGGUAUGAUUGGAAGCACAUUCAGUCAUCAGACAUGGAGACAUCUUGGAACUAAUAUGAUGGUCCUGGGGCUUAUGGGAACCAGAGUUCACGAUGAAAUUGGCCGUGGAAACUUUUUGGCCAUCUACUUCGCUUCCGGUGUCAUGGGAUCUGUCUUCUCAUUGACACGCAGCGUCAUCUUUGGCCGCCUGGGCAUGACCUCCCUUGGAGCCAGUGCCGCAACCAGCGGUAUCGUCGCUGCAUGGUGCAUGUCUCACUUCAAUGACAAACUCACUGUGUGGAUUCUUCCCCCGGGGCUCCAAGAAAAGGUUUGGACCUACGGCUGGGUUUUCCUUACCUGUUUAGUCGGCACCGAGAUCUUCAGCUUGCUCGCUCCCGCAUUCUUAUUCCGCGCUUGGCCCCUCUCCCGGCUGACCAAGAUGGACCACGCUGCCCAUCUAGGUGGGUAUGUGGCGGGUGCUGGAUGUGGAUAUACUCUCAUGCAGAAAAGGAGAGAGCGCGAGAGAAAGGCGAGACAGUCGCGGUGGAUUUAA